UUCGCGCCCGCGAUCGUGUGCCUGCGUUCGCGUUUGUGUGCCUGUAUGUGUACUCGUUCGUGUGUGUAAUGCGUGGUGUGGUGUGCCCGUGAGUGUGUGAGAGCGUGCGUUUAUGUGAUCUCCGAAGAUCCGCGCUAGUCCGCUUUGUUGUUUUUUUUUUCUUCUACGAUCUUCGCACCCGCGAGAAGCCACGAAAGGCCGCGGAAUCUGUUACUGAAGUGAAACUGUUCAGCAUAUUAAAUCUCGUCGUGUACACAAUUUCUUUUUUUGUUUGUCACCGCCGUCGCCAGUGUCGUCGCUUGUGCAUUAGAACUGUUUUAAAUCAACAUUGGUCGAUUCUUUCGCAUCCAGCCCUAAAGGGACACUAGCGGAUCAACCAUGGCUGUGUUUGGACUCGUCUCAGCCGUGGCUGGGUUCGUGAAGGUGCGAUAUCUGCAGGAUAAAGCCAUCAUUGAUAACAUUGUGUUCCGGUGUCACUAUCGCAUAACUAGUGCGAUCCUAUUCGCAUGCUGUAUUAUCGUAACUGCUAACAAUUUGAUUGGCGAUCCGAUAACCUGUAUAAACGACGGAGCCGUACCCGUGCACGUGAUUAACACCUACUGCUGGAUCACAUACACGUUCACAUUGCCCGGGCAGCAUGGACGUAGGUUGGGCACGGAAGUGGCCCACUCGGGACUGGGCAACGACAACCAGGAACGGACGUACCACAGUUACUACCAGUGGGUGCCGUUCAUGCUGUUCUUCCAGGGCUUGCUGUUCUAUGUGCCACACUGGAUUUGGAAAAAUUGGGAGGAGGGUCGCAUGCGUAUGAUCACCGAAGGCAUGCGUGGAGUUUCAACCGCAAGUCCUGUGGAACGCAAGGCGCGUCAUGAUCGUUUAGCGCAAUAUUUGUACGACAGUGCCAACACGCAUAACACAUAUUCGUUCGGAUAUUUCUUCUGCGAGGCACUCAAUUUUAUCAAUGUGGUGGGCAACAUAUUCUUUGUGGACAAAUUUUUGGGCGGUGCUUUCUUAACCUACGGAUCAGAUGUGCUAAGGUUCUCUAAUAUGAACCAAGAAAAUCGUUCUGACCCUAUGAUCGAGAUAUUCCCAAGAGUAACUAAGUGCACGUUCCACAAAUAUGGUUCCUCCGGUAGCAUUCAGAAGCAUGAUGCACUCUGCGUGCUGGCACUCAACAUUUUGAAUGAAAAGAUUUACAUUUUUCUGUGGUUCUGGUUCAUCAUUCUUGCGGUUGCCUCCGGUUUGGCGAUCGUCUACUCUGCGGCCAUCGUCAUGAUGCCGACGUCGCGAGAAGCCGUUCUGAGACGUCGCUUCCGCAAAGCAGAUCCCGCAGACGUAUGCAAUCUUAUUCGCCGUGUGCAGAUCGGUGAUUUCCUCAUGAUUCAUCUGCUUGGCCAAAAUCUCAAUGUUACCUCGUACGGCGAGAUGCUGCACUCUUUUAUCAACAUGCUCGACGAGGGUCGACCAAUCUCGGGCGACACACCUUCGGCACCAUCGACACUCGAAAUGGCUCCCAUGUAUCCGGCGAUCGAGAAAUACGGUAAAGAAACUGAAACAUAACCUCAUUUGCCAUCCUGCCCAGCACAGUUUGUGUUCAGGCUUCGAUGGUGGACUUCUGCCGCAGAAUACUAGCACCGUAUUACAAACACACCUAUCUAGAUCUUUGUUUUGGACCUCUCCUUUCUCCAAUUUCCAUCAUGCAACCUUAGUCUAGCUGUUAAGUAGAACUACUCUAUGGUUGAGUAUUAAAUUAUCACAGAUACGCACUCAUACAUAGACUCCCUCUUAAAACAACAUACACCUAGAUCAAUUCGAUGGAAUGACAAUGCAUGAGUAGAAAGUAGACGAACCAUAUCUGGUGUCACCAACCGUGCGUCAGAGAAUGUUCCAGUCCAAAAUUGUUAUAAUUCUCCUUAUUUAUCACACAUUUAUUUCCACUUUUUGGACCACCUUUACCACACGCGAUCAACGGUACUAUCAUCGGGAAAUCGGAAAAUUGAUGCUGUCUUUAAUAUUAUCGAUACUCAACAACACAAUAUAAAACAGACAAGGAAAAGGAGGUAUUACAUCAGGACUACGAAGCUUAAAUAGUGUCUGCCUCCAGUAGUGCGUGAGAAAAACGUGACCAGAAAGUUACGCUAGAACUACGUACGUAUGACAAGUAAGAUUCUGCUGAACUCUGCAACGGUGUGAACGAAGAUGUUGUAGUUUAAGGAAACAAAAAACAUUCAAGCUGCUUCUCAAUUUUAAAUUUUAAAGUAAUCAUCCUAAAAACAACGUAAGAUUAAACUAAGCUGUGGGAAGUAUCAUUGCUGACGUUGUUUUGGCAAGGUUUGCCAGAUGUAUUAAAAAGUAAUGGAUAAAUGGCGCAAUUAAACGCAUAUUUUAAUGGUUUACAUUAGAAUUGUGAAGAGUUCCCGACAGUAGAAAAUUUCUCCUUCCAAUAGAUAAUGUAGUGGAACAAGCAACAGAAGACUGUCAUGUGGUGUACUAUGUGUUUAAUGUUUUAUUAUUAUCCUUUAGCUCGGCGCAAGGCUAACCUUUAUUUUAUCAAUCAUUUUAAAUAAAUUUUUGAGCAACGUCCAAAUUAUAGCAUUUUUUGCGAUUGUAAGAAAUAAAGCGGAAUACUAAAAACAAUGCAAAAUGAAUCUCUCGUUUUCGGCAAGCUUCAGCCAAGCAUAUCGAUCGCAGAACGAAUGUUACUCAACAAGAAAUUGUUCAAUAAAUUAAUCAUACAUUCAAUGCCAUAGAAAAGCAAAUCCUAUACGCAUACUGUAAGCAUAAAAGACCACCUGAGCAAUUAUGAAACAGCAUUCACAGUAGAGACUAAUAUUACGUACAGAUGUAAGAAUAUUCGAAAUUCAACACCCAUCACUUUAAACAUAAGAAAUUUGACCGUCAUGGUGUACACUCAAAACAUAGAUUUUAGACACAUUUUAUCUCAUUAAACACGUGAACAAACUGCCUUACGAUAAACAUAAGCGUUGUUUAAAAUUUGCUACAAUUGUAGAUCCUCAGAUCAUGUGAAGCUUACUGAAUACGCAGGCAGUGAGAGUAAGCAGUUCACUUCCAUAGACUUCAGUAUUUCGUACUCAGAUAAACCAACGCCAUUCAAAACAAGACGGAGACUUUAAAAAAAAAAUCCCUUUUUCUCUUAAUUAGUGCAUCAUUAUCCUUCUCGUAGCUACGAGGCGGUUUCGAAUUAAUACGACUCAUUCAGUAAGUUUGGUUAGGAACGAUGUGUUACAUUCCGUACUGCUAGUGUACCUUCCGUCAAGGGAAAGGAAAAGAAAAACAGGAAAACGAACUCCUCGUCAGAAAAAUUUGGACACUGUUACGGCAGCAUCAUUAAAAAUACCUUUAGGAUCCUUUAGAUAGAUACAUCAGUCAAAAGUACACCCAUUUCUGUAGCGAAAACGAAACAUUUUAGUUUAGCAUAUGGUCGCUAAUGCAAUGAAAAAACGGAAGCAAUAACCUACGAGUAGAAAACUUUGGCAAGAAAUGUAUACAUUAUAUGCUUGCCCAUCGAUCAUCGCUUGAACAAAUCAUCGACUUCAGCGAAGAUGUUAUGAUAUGUCCAUACACAGGGUCAAAAACGAACGUGAAGUAGGAACGAUCAAGAAUGAGCGCAAACAAUUUUGCAUACUCUAAUUGUGAUUACAUUGAUAAAAAUAAGAGAAAAAACUAAUAAAGCUUAUCUAGGUUUU